AUGGACCCUGUCUCCCUUCUAACGGGUAUUCCGGACCUCAUCGAACGAUGCAUCCAAGCCUACGACUUCUUCCAAGGAAUCAAGAAUGCACCAAAGGCGUGUUCGGAGCUGAUGGAAGAGCUCAGAGUAGCCCGGGAGAGGUUACAGGAGAUACAGAAGUGUGUAAACGGAGGGGAUGACAAGGAGCAGGAGCAACUGUCUGCAUCGCUGCGGAAUUACAAAACUACCUUGGUUAAGUUGGAUUCCGUUUUAAAAGUGUACGGUGACCCAAAGUUCGAGUUCAACAUCAAGAGACGCGUCAAGUGGACGUGGUCGGGCGAGAAGAAAAUCAAGGCACUGCGCGAUGAUAUAAAGCAAAAUUCUGGGAAUUUGCAGCCUCUUCUGGUCAAGAUGGCGAAAGAUAUUGACGAUAUGAAGAAGCGCCAGCAGGAAGCUGAUGCCAAGAAGGCAGCCAAGGAACUAGCCGAACGUCUCCAGAACAUUGUGAAAUGGCUGGAGCCUCUAAAUUCCGAGGCGAAGCUGCAAGGAGUGCGCGAACGGCGUCAGCUCGAAACAUGCGAAUGGCUGCGUGAGCAUGACCAAUUCGUCUUGUGGUAUUCGUCUGGUUCUUUUCUGUGGUUGAACGGUAUACCGGGUAACGGCAAAACCAUCCUCGCGUCGUUUGUCAUCGACCAUUUGAGAGAAAAGGUCACCAGCGGCGAAGAGAUCGUUUUGUUUGCUUUCGCGGACUUCCAGGAUGUCCGAAGCACCGAUGUAGUCGUACUGCUGCGCACACUACUCGCGCGGAUUCUCGAGUGUUACAAACCGGAGAACUUUGUCAAGGACUUCGGCGAGUUGGAGAUGUCCAUGCAUCAGCACCAUACAGAUCCGCCCAAAUCGGUCAAGCUAUCUCAUUCAGUUGCUGAGAAAGCGGCAAUUCGCGAGCUUGCGUCCGCACGUUCCAAUUUUUCCAUCUUUGUUACUAGCAGAGGGGAGCAGGACAUCUUGGACGUUCUGAGCCACGUCCCUACUAUCUCUCUCCGGGACGAAACUCAGAGAGUCCAGGAUGAUAUACAAAGAUUCAUCGAGGACAGGAUGAACACCUCUUAUCUUCCGCUUGCACGGGUUCGUGAACCGGUUCGUACACGUAUCACGUCGACUCUUCUGGAGAAGUCCAAGGGCAUGUUCCGGUUGGUCGACUGUCAGCUGCAAUCCUUGGCAAAAGCGAAAUUCGAAAGUGACAUCGACGAGAUACUCCAAAAUCUUCCUGCUGACUUGAAUUCAAUGUAUGAAAGGAUCCUUCAAAGUGUCAAAGGAGAGGGCCAGCGCGCUGUGAAAAUAGUCCAGCGUACGCUUUGGUGGUUGGUUGGAUCGCAUCGACAGCUGCGUCUUGCGGAACUUGUGGAGGCUGUCAUGGUAGAAACAGGAAGAGACUCGCCGAACAGGGACUUGAAGCCUCUGAGCGGCGAGCAUCUUUUGGAGAUGUGCUCAAGUCUGGUCCGCUACGACGCUGAGACAGAUAUUGUGGUAUUAUCCCAUGCCUCUGUGCAGGAUUUUUUAUUUUCGGAUUAUCUCAAACGAACGGCGCAUCAUUCAAACUAUCAUAUUCCAUCGUUCUCCUUCCUGCACCGGCAUACCACCGACCUCAUUUCCGCAUAUCUUCACUAUGAGGAUUUCCAGAAUGGGCCGUGUAGAACAGAGCAAGACCUUCUCAAGCGUUUAGAAGAACAUCCUCUCCUUGUCUAUGUCGUUUCGAACUGGGAUGUACAUACUGUCAAAAUGUAUGAAACACGGCCUGACUCGGAGUCGGAAGAGCCUCCUGACUUUGACGUGUUCCUUACUCUCUUCGAUAACUUGGAGAAGGACCUACUCGCUCAGCGUUCGCGCAGACAACUCUCUUAUUUUGGUACGGACCUGAGAGAUGUCACGAAGGAUGGUUCCUCCAAGUUGGAGUGGCAGAGCCUUAGCUUCUCCUCUAGCAAAAUCAUAUAUCUCGGCACAGAGGUCUUAAAGUAUUAUAGAGAAUAUCGAUCGCAGGAAUAUGAUCUAUGUGAAGACGCUGGCGGUUUCGUCUAUCCGCGUUAUUGUGCUGGUCCAUCUUGGCUAGUGACUGACGAAGGACUGCUGCAGAACUAUCCGUGGCGAGACCUGUCAAAUACCACCCCCGUCGAAGAGCUGGAUUAUAUGGUCUAUCCUCUUGUGUCUGAAGGGCCAGCAUCAUUGGUACGGGACCUCCUGCACAAACUUCCCGAGUUCAAAGAGCACCCGUUAUUCUACUUUGGCACACCCUUGAUGAUUAGCAUUUCCACGGGCAAGCUAGACACCGUAAAAAUGCUAUUACAAGAAUUUCACGUCGAUGUGAAUAAUCGUGCUCAGCAUUAUCAUUGCAAUUAUGAAGUUGUGUCCCCCAUCUUCCUCGCGACCAAGUAUGGACACGUUGAAGUGGUUAAGCAACUUUUGGAUUGCGGUUCGGCUACUGUAUUUCCCCCUGAGCCCCACCCCCAGUCAUUCCCGGAACAUGUACCAGAGGACGGUCAUAGCGACAUCAUCAUUGGAGCCGCCGACCACGGUCGUGUAGACAUUCUUAAAGCUCUACUUGGUCAUGGAGUCGAUGUGAAUACUAGGUCCAGUAUCAGUGGUGAUACUGUCUUACAUACGGCCAUAAGGUACGGCCGUAUUGACAGUGUCAAAGUUCUUGUCGAUGCGGGCUGCGAUAUCAGUCCUCGUUCUAAGGGGAAAACACCCCUUGAUUUCGCUCUGAACCAACGCUCUUCGGAUCUUAUCCGAUAUCUGCUCGAAAAGGGUGCUUCAUUCGAUCAAUGCUUACCUCAAAAUUUUGAGGACCUGGAGUGGGCAGCCGGAGAGCUGUGGUACCCGGAGACGCGACAGAAUCUGUCGAUACUCGAUGGUGGCCCCAAGUUGCAACAGGACAUUGAGAAAAUAGCGCGCCUGUUGGAAAAGCGGCUUAGUACUUCGCAAGCACCGGGUAUCAUCCGGGCUAUCCUUGAUUUUGCCGAAUUGUGGAUUGUGAAUUCGUUUGAACGACAUGAGCAUGUCAACGUCCGAGAUGACUCCCCUCGUGAACCCUAUAUCUCUACACCACCGAUUGCUGGUAGCCCGGAGAACCCGGUUCGGCGCAUCAUCUUCACGACGUUGUCCCAUGGCAAGAAAGAAUGGAUACUCAAAGGGCAUGCCGGAGGCUUAUAUUCUGAUUCAUAUACUUGGUUUGAAGCUGGGGUAGAGUCCAGCCCUGGCAUAUUCAUGCGAAUUCAGGAUAAUGUCACCGCUGACCUCCAGAGUCGGACUCAUGUCAAUGUGUGGGACUAUCAGGAUGCCCCAUCUUCCAUCAAGGAAUGGAUGGCCAAAAUCAAACCGGGGGAUACGAUCUCUGUGUACCCGAGAGCGGGAAUACCCUACUCGACAAAUUAUGUGGAGAGUAUCAAGAUAACGGUGUAUACGUCGUACAUCUAA